AUGUCUCCCUGGACGACCUCCCUGAUGAAGGUCUGGAAGAGGCAGGGAACAAAUGCAGGAAUCCCCUGGGAUUCGAUAGAAAACACACCGUGGUGUUUUGUCAAUGGAACUGGAGUGGAAUGGGAAUACUGUAACAUUCCAUACUGCUCUGAUUUUUGUCAGAUUAAAGGCGGUCUUAUGGAGUUCAGCGGUCCUGUAAACCGUACAAAAAACAAUACAAAGUGUGUCCCUUGGUCAACUACAAAAUUCAUCAACCCAGAGGAUUUUCCAAAAGGAAAUGAAGACUUGCGACUCAAUUACUGUCGAAAUCCCAGCAACUCUCAGACUCAACCCUGGUGUUACACCAACUCCAAUGGCACGACUUACCAACACUGUGACAUCCCACACUGCCCCUCCACUGUCCUGUUCUACAAAGAAAACUACUACCCUAACCUCGAGAAGUGCCUGGGCCCUGAGACUGUUUUCUCUGACAUAACAUCAGCAAGACAGAGGUACCAGCAACUGUGCCUGACGACCGAGGAGCUGAGCCUCACCAUCUUGUGCUCCACCAACAACCACUCCUUCGCGGCCAUCCAGAUUGAGUGCGACCUGUGUCCGGACCUGCCCGUGUUCGCCAGCGUGUCCUUACAGACAGGUGUGUACAAGGUGGGCACGUCCUGGACCUACACCUGUGCUGAAGGCCGUUACCCUGUCUCGGGUAGCGGUACCUACAAGUGCGAGUUCACUAAAGAGUGGCUAGCUCCGAACCCAGGACUGAUAUGCAAGAACUGGACCAAUUACGCAUAUGGGGCCACCCUCAACAAGGUAUCCACCCUGUUAACGGACGACGACAUCAACACCUGCACCGACUUUCCCUCGUAUACAUACCGGCUACAGAUGACCACGGCGCUGGAAGUCAGGAUCGUUACAUUCAUCCUCAAUCAGACGCAGGCCUUCUCUGGUCGGGUGACAGUGACGUCCGCCAACAUGACGAAAGCGUGUUCUAACGUCACCGUGUACGACUUGCUGGUGGUGGUGACGUGUGAGCAGGCGCCUGUGACGCAGAACCUUACACUGGAGGUCAGCGCCGGUGCUGUCCUUCACCUGUGUGAGUGGCGGGUGUUCGGCAGGCCACCCUCGCUAGAUGGAGACUUUCACUUCUUGGAGUGUCUGCAGUCAGAAACAGGAAGUGAGUACAAGGGCGACGUCAGCUUCACAAGCUCCGGGGUCACGUGUCUGAGAUGGGACAGCGUCACUGGCACUUCCGCUUUAUAUUUUCCCGACUGGAACAUAACGGAGGUUGCAAAUAAAUGCAGAAAUCCUGGAGAUCCUGGAAAUCCUCGUCAAACCUCCCCUUGGUGCUACGUGAACACGACGAGUGGCAGGGAGGCUCAGUUAUGUUUUAUUCCAAAGUGCAGUAACUGGUGUGACGUCCCAGACGGGACCACUGAGUACAACGGUGACGUCAGACGUCCCUGCUCCAAGUGGACAGACGUGCUGGCGAAUCAGACGGUGCGACUGUUCAGAGGAGAGGACUUUCCAGACAGGUCAACCAAUCACAACUUCUGCCGCAACCCCAACAACUCGCCCACUGGUCCGUGGUGCUACACCGACCUCAACGGCACCUCACAGUCCUGCUCCGUUCCUCACUGUCCAACCGCACUGGUCAGUCUCAACGAGAGCGACCCUUUGUUUGACACCGUGACGUCAUGCUUUCUUGAGACCGGUGUGGAGGCCAACUACAGCCACGUGAGGGCCAGUGCCAGAGCCAGGUGCUUCACCUUGUCUGUCCUGUACGUCACAGUCCUGUGUAAGACCAACACCAGCCACCUGGCAGCGGUUCAAAUCGAAUGCGACUAUUGCCCGCCGUUGCCUACCACUUCUGGGCUCGUUGUGGACCAAAGGAACUACCCGCCGGGUACCAACGUCAGCUUCACGUGCAGUGACACCCGCGUGACUGUGGGUGGACGUGGCACACUGCUCUGCUCCCUCUCUCUGCAGUGGGAGGUCGUCUCUCAUGACCUCCAGUGCAAAGACUGGCCGAACUAUGGACAGAUGAUGGUGAAUUCAGCAAAUGACUCUCAACGGGCGGAUAGUAACGUCACAACGUGUGUUACGUUACCUGCUGGCUGGUACGACUUGACUCUGUCGGGGACACUUGAAGUCGCAGUCGUCACGUUCCGCUUUAAAGAAAAUGUCUUCCCACUAGAUGUAACGGUUGCUAUGACAGCAAACUCGGGACAAAAGGCCUGCACAGCGCUCAGCAAUGACACUGGGAGUGUCUUCAGGUGCCAGCAGGGCCCAGUCGGCAACAAGGUGCAAGUCCAGUUGCCCACGUGCACUCUGUGCAAAUGGGGAGUGUAUGGUCGGACCCUAAGCUCUGGAGCCAGCAAGGCCUUGCAGUGCCUGCAGUCACCAGCAGGUGUGGAGUACAAAGGAGACAUCAACUUCACGGUCAGUGGACGUGAGUGUCUACGAUGGGAUGCCAAGCAGUUGGCAAAUCCGUCUCCAGACGACCUCCCCGACAGUUCAGUUGCAGAAGCUGGGAACAAAUGUAGGAACCCUGUGUCUCGGCUAAAAGACCGGCCAUGGUGCUAUGUGGAUGGAGGCGGUCAGGACUGGGAGUAUUGCUGCAUUCCAUCUUGCGAAGCAACAUGCUGGAUACAGAACGGUGUGACCAGUUACUAUGGGGACGUGUCCGUUGCUUCCAACAACCAACCAUGCGUGUCCUGGAAGAAAGCUCUAGCAAACGAGGCAGUGACAUCACUCUGGCCUUGGGACUUCCCAGACCUGUCAACCGACCACAACUUCUGCCGCAACCCCAACAACUCGCGGACUGGUCCGUGGUGCUACACCGACCUCAACGGCACCUCACAGUCCUGCUCCGUUCCUCAGUGUCCCACUCAGCUGCUUGCUUACUACGACGACCCCUACAGGCUGUCGGUCAAGUGGUGUUACAUCGCCGAGGGUGUUGCUACCUUGCAGCAUGUCCUCACAGUUUACCAGUCCACCUGUUUAACCACUCACCUGCCCUUUCUAACAGCUCUGUGUGCCACCAACACCAGUUUCAUCGCUGUUCGGAUCCCAUGUGAGUUGCCGUCCUCUUGGUCUUCCAAUGAGAUGUCUUCAGCCGCUUCGACGAUUUUCUCUGACCAUGCAUCGACGCCAUUUCAUGUAACGUCCUCUUCUUCACUCGUCGGAGAGCACACAGUGAUGCCGAGCAGCGCUCUCUCGUACGUAACACGUCGGCCGUCCACACAGCCAGCCGUUGGGUACACAGCGACAUCAACUCUCGACUAUACCUCGAUAGUAAAGACCUCCACCAACAGCCUACACUUCGACCCCAUCACCAGCGUAACCACCAUGUCCUACAGCGCGCCUGGAAGUACCUGGAAGUCCAUCCUCCCCACGACCACGCCCAUCUUUAGCAUGGCGGCCACAUCCAGCCUCACCCACGCUGACACACGCGCCACUACCACUGCUUAUACAUCUACCCCCGUCACUACUAUCAUGUCCACCCCCACCACUGCCGCUACAUCUACUCCUAUCACCUCCGCUACGUCCACCCCCAGUUCUGCUGCUACGUCCACCCCUACUUCUGCUGCUACGUCCACUUCCAGUUCUGCUGCUACGUCCACUUCCAGUUCUGCUGCUACGUCCACCUCUACUUCUGCUGCUACGUCCACUUCCAGUUCUGCAGCUACGUCCAGCGUCACUAGGACUACUCCGUCAGCUGAAAGUUUUGGCAGGAGGCAGGCCAUGUGUCCCUGUGACUGUUUGCGGCGCUCCAUGAUGAAGAACAUGUCCGAGGUGCAGGUGCAGGUGCUGGUGGUGCAGCAGCAGAAGGAGCUGACCGUGGACAAGUACGUCUUGUCCAGCACGCGCCGCCUCAAGGCCUGCGAGCCCAACCAUGACAUCUACGCCGUGGCCACCGGCAGUGUUCUCGGUGUGACGGCGCUGGCCGUCGUUGUUCUCUUCUUCAUGAUGGGCGACUUGCUCGUCUUCAGCAGUUUCCUGCGCCGCGUGUGUCGGCGGUGGUGGCAGCGCUGGCGACGGAGAUAGUAUGACGUCAGUGGGAAGAACUUCGAUGAGAAAUAUAUUUUAUCCAUCAUCUUGUCCUCUUUUUUUAAGGCGUGAUUUUGACUGAGCUAUUCCGUGGGAUGAACUAGAAUGUAUGAGUAUUUUCUUAUCAGUUUCUUUAAACCAGGAAUCGUCAUCAUUGUGAUCAUGCCAGCUCUAACAUAAAAAAAUACUAAUCGUAAUUAUAUUACAUUAAUCUUUGAAACCUUGCACUGAAACUGUGAAACCCGUUGAUCGUUUAUCCGACAAUUUUACUUAACUGUUCAUUUCGUUGUUAGCUGCUAAGGCAUUCUACAAGAACAGUCGGUUUAAACACACGGCGUAACUAUGGCAACAUCUCUCGAUUCAUGAAUAUUCAAAGACUGCUGUGAGCCUACGGGUGAAAUCGUUUCAAGGCGCUGCUAAACACAAAGGCUUUGUAACAUUUGUAACAUAAAUUUUAAGCUCUUCAAGGAAAAGUCUACAUCGAUAGACCAGGCAGACGGCAUCAGUUAUCGUCCUAGCUUCUCCAAAGUAGACGAGUGUCGCAGACUGGCAGAGAAAGCCAGACAGCAGGAGCAUCGAAAAUGAAGUGACAGCCACAGAAAUGUUUAGUAUUCCUGUUAGCGACUUCCAGCUGAUGAAUAGGAAAUGCGUGAUGGAUGACAAAAGAGAGGUAUGAAGAUGACUAGAUGACUAGAUGCCAACAGCCAGUUGAUAUGGGGAGUGAAGUGGUGUGACUGUAGGCAGCCAGUGGAGCUGCUUCACAAGAGCUGUGAUGUGGUCGAGUGUCUGCCAUCUGGGAACA